CGGAUGUGAGAUUGCUAACGUGAACGAACGAACGUUGUCCGCGAUACGUAAAGAGUUGGCAGUAAAUGUAACAGCGCAUCAGGCGGGAUUAAUUAUAAAUUGUGUGUUGUGUGUAAUCCACGUGUAAUCAGUCCCGGUGCCCAGGUAACGGUGCAUGUCCAGGGAGGUCACGUCACAGCAGAACGCAGCGAAGCGCCCUCGGCCCUUAGCAGUCAGCCGCCAAACACGUCUCGUCUCCGGCCGUGGGCAAGGUCAGGCUCCGAAUAGGAGUACACUUGCAAAGGUAGGAAAUAGAGACCUAAGAACAGAUCCCACCACGCUUUCGUCAUCAUCCGAAGAGGGUAACAACGCGAUAAGGAGAAGACCUAGAACCAGCCGCCUGAACUACUGCUGCUGCAUGCGGCACUCGAGUCGGACUGUCGACAGUGAAAUUAAUAAUCUCGAAGGAAAAGCCAGUACUGCUGCUGAUCGACAGGUAGCCCAUCUUCCGCCACUGAAGCUCUCCAGUUCUCUGCCUGCCACACCGCAGCUGGGACAGCGGGGAGUGCGUGGACGCGGCUACAAGAAGUUGUCAUGGAAUGAGGAGCAGCCCCGCCAACCGGGGACAUCGACAAUGAUCACUCAUGGGCAGGAGUCCAGGGCCAGGCCACAGCUCUCCUAUCAGCACCUCAACAACAACAAUAAUGAGGAGGAGUACGAUCCCAUUGCCAAAUACUUUGCCCAGACGCCGAAACAGCAGCAGCAGCAGCAGCAACAGCAGCAGCAGCAACAGCUGCAAGAGCAAAAGCUGUUGGCGGCAAAAAGCUCACGGAUUUUGUGCGAGAAUUGCUGCGGAGAGAGGCAUCAACAAGUUGGCAGCGCCACGGAUCGACACGGGCUGCCGCUGCCCCAGGGGUUGCCGUUGGGGGACUGCGAUUCAGUGUCCGAUUUGUCGUCGUUCCGCUUUGUCUUCCACGGGGAUGAGGUCGAUUCCAAGAGGCGUGUGUUAGUCGAUGUCGAUGCUCAUAAUCGCCAUAAUGAACAUAAUGAUGAUCAUCAUAAUGAUGAUGUUGAUGACGAUGACGUUGCCCGUCGGCCGGUUAUAGAAAUAGAAAAUCGGGAGCCAAGUACAUCAGCUACAAAAACGGAAAAGUCAACACCAACAGCAGCAACAGCAACAGCAACAAGAGCAACAGCAGCGGGAGACGCGUCAUCGCCAGUGUUGUCCCUGUCAUCUGAAAUCAGCGACGAGUCAGCGGCAAUUUGUUGUUAUACAAUUGACAAAAAACUGUCACAGCAGCAGCAACAGCAGCAGCAGCAGCAGCAACAUCCCACAGCACAGCAGUGGAAUCCCUCUGCGGCACUGCAGCACUACAACUCCUCGGCGACAGUUAGCUAUCGGAACUAUCACCAGCCAGAGCCAGGACCAGGACCAGGACCAGAGCCAAGGUGUCCUCCGCCUGUGCCGCCCAAGCCACGCGUCUGCCACGAGUCGAACAACAGCAGCGAUGAGCCCGCUCUGAAGACACGCCGCUUGGUCUGUACGCCACGCGUUUAUCCGGCGACAAGGUCGCCCCACGGCAGUAGCUGCCACUGCUGCAUUCGCAAGGGCUUUCCGCCGUAUGCCUUCGAGGGGAACAACAACAACAACUACAACUGCAAGUUCGGUUCGAGUGGCGGAUCGCCGCGAUCGCUGGUCUACGAUCGUCACGGACGUCUGACCUUCGACUCGGAGCCGGAAGUGUCAGUGGAAAGAGAGCAGAGCCGCCGGGCCACCGGUGUGCGCCACAAGUCGCUGAGUGAAUCUCGAUUGAAUCAUCCCCUCCCGCAGCAGUGCAGAGAACUCAAAGUUGUGUCCGAUCCGUAUCCAGAUCCGUCGCGAGUGACCGCAGAACAAAGUGCCAGAACUCAUCCAUCAACCCAACAGAACCACAAUCCACACGAGAUCCCAUACAAGUCGAACCAUUUACUCCUUCCCUGCAGUUGUAAUCCCCAUUUGGAUUAUCCAUGCUCUUCAUUCAACAAGGAGAACGGGCACACAAUGGAGAAACGACGUAAUACCCUGGACAGGAUACAGCGCCUGGGAUUCGGGCGCAAGUCCUUGCCAGCUGCUUCCGCCAACGCCAACGCCAACGCCUCUGGCUCAUCCUCAUCCUCAUCUGCCGCAGCAGCAGUUGCAGGGCCGGAAAAGCAGCGCAAGACUUCAGAUCGUUCGGAGCGCCUAAAGGAGCUAACGGAGCUGCUGAGAGGCACCGGGGGCAGCAGCUCCAGAGCCUCAUCCACGCCCACACCUCCGCCGCCACCACCGCCAGUGCCGCCGCCACGAAAGCCGCGUGGCACCUACCUGGAGCGCCAGGACACGGGCGCCAGUCAGACAUCCGAAAGCAGCAGCGAUGCCAACGCAAGGGGAGCCAGCAGCGGGGGCGGCCUGAGCACGGCCGCCCGCCUCUUUGCCUCCCUUAAACCCAACACAAGUCUCUCCAACCUGGAGGCCUUCAUGUUGAGCAACCGUGAGAAGUCCAAGUCCCCGCCUCCACCGACGCAGCAGCAGCAGCAGCAGCAGCAGCAGCAGCAGCAGCAGCAGCAGCGACCUGUGGGGAGAUGCGUAGAUGCCUCAACACGAAGCAGUAGCGAGAGUACGCCGCAAGCAUCGAGACCGGAGCCGCGGACCGUGAUCGGUUCGUAUGCGCCAAAGGGAAUUCCGUUUCGCUCCGUUUCGUUCUCGCAAAUCGACUGCAAGUCCACGCUGAGCGCCCUGAGGGAUCGCCUGAGGCGUGACAAGGCCAUCGAAGAGCCCAGCCCCAGUCCGACGCAUUCCAGAGAGAGGGAGGAGGGUCCAGGUUGGGUGCACAUUCCUCUGAAGAAGACAGAGCUGAGCAUCAACCUGAACUACGGGCAGGAGAAGUCGCUGGACCACGACUCCAUCCAGGAGGAGGACAUUUUCAGCACAGAGGUCUCGGGCAGCAGUUCGGGCAUCCUGUACCCAGCACCGGCCACCGCCAGCAGCGUGAUAGCCGCCCAUGCCACCAUGGAAUCCCUGACAGACACAAUUCAGUCGGAGAGCGACUGCCUCAUCAGGGAGGAGAUUGCGACCAUCAUUGUGCAGCCCCUGGAGGUCACCCCGCCCGCCUCCACAGGCGGCAGUGCCCCAAAUCUGGCCACGCUGAUGGAGGAGCAGCUGCCACUAGAGUCUCCGCCAGACAACUUCCUGCAGACGGCCACCACCUGCGAGAUUCCCGUGCCAGUGUACGAGUGCGCUGCACAAGAGUGGCUGGAGACGCCCGCCCAGGAGUGGGUGGAAGUAGUUCCGGAGACCAUUCAGCCUCCAGUUUCGCACGCUGCCUGCAAGGUGUCCCAAACAGAGUCGACGCUGACCACCGCCGUGAGGAGUGACCUGGUUCCCACCAUAUCGGUGAGCCGCUCCUCGGAGGAUGGCGAUGGAGUAGCCAGGAUAGACGAUGCCCCUCAAGUGGAGCUUGCGACUACCGCCAGGAACCCGUCGGCAGAGGAGCCGCAGCAUUGCAAGCAGUACAGCCACGACGACCUGGAUCUGUCCAGCCCCGAACUUCGCAGCUCUCUGGAGACCGUAGCCACUCCCCGGCACAGCACGGACGAGCGCCAGAGGCGGCAUUUGGACAACUCCACCAAACGGAAGGGCAUGUAUAUAGACAACGCCGACUGGCAGGCACCGGCACCGGCAGAAGCAGUGGCAGUGGCAGUCGCCCAUCGCGGAUUAGCACUAGACAUCAGUGUGACCAACCUGAAUGCCAUUAAGCCCGAGUCCCCGGACGCCCACUCCUCGCAGAUCUACAUCAGCAGCCCCAUCAGCCCCGCAUAUUCCUUCGAACUGAACACGCCCGAGCUGGAGAAGGGUGCCCCAUCCUGGGGUCCAACCAGCGGGUCGCGCGACAAAUCGCAAUUGCUGAGCAACUUUAGCUGCCACAGCAGCGAGGAGAAGGACGACGCCUCCAGCAAGAGUCUCAGCUUCCUACGCACCGACUCCACCUCUGACAACGAGUGCGACCGUAUCGCCAGGGAUCGCAUCACUUCCAGUCCCACGCCCUCCUCCGGUGACUACGACUACAAGCGCUUCUCGAAGCGCCCUCUGCGCGGUCCCUACGGUCAGAUGCUCGAGGCGGAGAUGAAGAAGCCCAACCGGAUGCACUUCGAGGAGAUCCUCGAGGAGCUGCGUGAAACAGACAGCUUGCAUCUGCGAGGAGCUGCUGGUGUUUCGGCUCCGGUGGGUGCUUCAAGUGCCAGCCCCCGCCCCAAUAUGCCGCAGUAUUCCAACUCGAUGCGGGUACGAAAGACGAGCACGUAUCUUCCUGUGCCCUCGCAUACCCGGGCCGCGUCCACGCCCUCGCAGCUGGAACACACCAGCAAGGGCAUAGCCUCCGCUGCCCCGAUCUCCGCAUCCGCCAAGAACCUAGGCGAAGCGGAGUUGGUGCACCACAUGAAGCGAGCCGCCUCCGAGGCGCCGGCCCCCAAGACGCACCACAGCAAGCGUAGCCAGUCCAUGAGCACGGAGCGGCCCACCCAGCACCAUCAUCACGCCCAUGGUCACAGUCACGGUCACGGACAUAGUCAUCAUCAUACAGCCAAAAGGAGCCUGGACGCCAAUGUCAGUGCCAAAACGAAUACUGCUCCUGCUGCUGCUGCUGCUGCUGCAGCGGCGGGUCCAACGCUGGACUUGAAGCCAACGCCCGCUCUGCUGGCGGAACUUCUGAAGGGAUCCAGCGAAAAUAUGCUCUCCGAGCAGCGGCAGAAAACAAUUGCGGACACUCGCACAUAUGUGGUCCAAGAGAUCUACCGCAACGAGCAGUCCUACGUGGAGUCCCUGCAGACAGUUGUUCUGAAGUAUCUGAAAGUGCUCAAGGCACCCGAGCACGCCGGCAUGAUUGACACCCGCACCGUGGACGAGAUCUUCUUCAUGGUGCCGGACAUUCUCGAGAUACACGAAAAGUUCUUGGGGGAUCUCAAGCAUCGCUUGGAUGACUGGGAUGUUCAGCAGAAAGUGGGCGAUGCCUUCAUGGACACGUUCUCGAAGCUGGAGGUGCUUGAGGUCUACACAUCCUUUGUGAACAACUGCAAUCGGGCCAAGAACGCCAUACGCUCCAUGAAACACCAGCGACCAUCGUUCGCCAAGUUCCUGGAGUCCACCUCCCGCGAGCACAAGGGCAAACUCACCCUCGACAAUCUGCUGAUCAAGCCAGUGCAAAAGUUUCCCAACUACGAGCUUCUGUUCCAGCGACUGAUCAAGCACACGGAUCACGAUCAUCCCGAUCAGAAGCACCUGCAGGACGUGUUGAAGCUGGUCCACGACAUUCUGGUGCACAUCAACUGCAAGGAGCGCGAGAUCAUGGAGAACGGGCAGCGCGAGGCGACUCUGCGCGAGCUGGAGGGCGUGAUCGAGGGCAUUACCGAUCUGACAGCGCCCGAGCGGCAGUUCCUGCUGUUCGAUCUCGUUUCGAUGCCCUCGGGCGCGGGGGCGCGCAAGGAUCGGGGCUUCUUCCUGUUCAACGACCUGCUCGUCCUCACCAGCAUCAAGAAACGAAGCGGCACCAUCCGCAAGCCCAGCAGCAGCAUCUGCCCGGGCACGGUUGCCACCACGCUGGAGACCAACAAGUACAAAUGUCUCACCAAAAUCUCACUGGACUGUCUGGAGAUUGUCAAGCCCAAGGACGAGAACAUCAAGCGAAUCGUCAACGAAAUCGAGAGCCUGGCCGACGACUGCGGCAAGCUGCAGCAGAUCAGCGACAUCACCGCCUCCCUAAAGUAUCCACACCAGUAUCUCGAGGACGUUAUCCGCGAGCUUCACCGCGAUGUCCAGCGGCAGCUAUCCGAGCGCCAGUCGAACGACACCCAGCUCAAUAUGCUAGAGCUGACAGUCAGUUCGCCAAAUGGCAACCAGAAGCUGACGGUGGUCUUCAGCAAGACGGAGAAGCGCACGGCUUGGGAGGAGACCUUCGUCGAGGCCAAGCAGAAGCUGGCUGCCACUUUGGAGAGACAUCCCAUACCCGAGUUCCUCACCUCCAUACCCAUCCGGAAGACCCGCGCCGGACUGCAGUUCACGUGUGCGGCGGCUACGCUGAGCGAGAACCGGGAUGUUUGGGUGUGCAACAGCGACGGAUAUGUGGGCCAGGUGUGCAUCAUGUCGCUGCACCCAGAGCCGAACGUCACCAGCUGCAACGGCGUCUGCAACGCGCGCAUCUUGUGCGUGGCCUCUGUGCCGGCGUACAGCUCCUCUGCCUCGAGUCGCAACAGUAGUGGGGAGCAGCAGCCCCAGGAGGAGAAGGAUAGGCCGCGGAACAGCUCGCAGCAGCCGCAGCCGCAGCCCAGUCAGAGCUACACUCAGCAGCUGCGAGACUACCGCAAGAGCAUCUCCCCCAGCUUCCAGAGCGGCUCCUCGUCAACGGCCACGGCCACGGCCACGCCCACGCCCGAGAAGAAAAAGACACCCACGCCCACGCCGGUGGCUGUCGACGGCGUCGUCCCGGUGGCUGCCAGCAACAGUGAUACUCAGCUGGAGCUGAAUCUGAGCUCCAGCGACGAUGAGACGGAAGCAGCCGCGGCCACCGCCUCCGCCUCAGCCUCGCUCAACGUUGCCAGCGCCAGCACAGGAGCUGGAUCUGGAACUGGAUCUGGAGCAAUAGUGGAACGUGUGCCUAGUCCCGCCCCCUCACUGCAAGCCGGAUACCAUGGCCAUCAGGACUCGAAUCCGGAGGAGGGCGAGAGCAAUCAAUCAACCAUGUGGAUCGGCACCGAAGACGGCUGCAUCCACGUCUACAAUAGCACUGACAAUAUUCGCAUUAAGAAGAACCGCAUCAAGAUCGAGCACCACUCGGCCGUCUAUUCCAUUUUGUACCUGGACAAUCGUGUGUUUGUGUCGUUGGCCAAUGGUGAUAUUUGUGUUUACCUGAGGGAUGGAGCCACAUCGUGGAAUACGUGCUCAUCGCAUUGCCUGUCCAUUGGCACCGUCACCAGUCCCGUGACCAAGUUGCUGAAUGUCAACGGCAGGCUCUGGUGCUCCAUUCAGGGCAUCAUCAAGGUCCUAGAUGUGGAGACUUUGCAGGUCAUUCAUCAGAUACAAAUCUCAUCGGACUCGAAGCCAAUCACAAACAUGACGGUCGCCAGCAACUUCGUCUGGAUAUCCAUCCAGAACUCGGCGCACAUUAAAUGUUUCCAUUCCAAUACCCACCAGCUAGUCACCGAAGUGAAUCUCGCGCCAGCCGUGAACAAAAUGCUCUCCAACUGCGACGAGAUCAUUAGGCAACACAAGGCCGCCUGCCUUCGUGUGACUUCGCUGUUGUGCUGCAAGGAUCUCAUCUGGAUUGGCACCAGCGCGGGCGUCCUCCUGACCAUACCGGCCCUGGGCUACGAGAAGGGCGCCGUCAACAUUGUGCCCACGGGCAUUCCCCACGGCCACACCGGCCACGUGCGAUUCCUCACGUUUGUGGAGACCACCGGGCUGGAGGGGACGACAGGAGCCCGUGAGGCGAGUGGUUCCGCCAGCGAUGAGUACACCAAGCAGGGCUCCAUAAAGCACUCCAAAUCCAAGUCGGAGACCAACAACACAUUGAUCAUUUCCGGCGGCGACGGCUACGAGGACUUCCGCAACUCGGGCGCCAAUUCCCUCAGCGAGAUCGCCGGCCGCGAGGACAGCACCAACCAUUUACUGAUAUGGCAAAUUUGAAGCAGAAGGCGUAAAAAUCGCUGGAGGCUUUUGCUCUCGCGCUGGAAAAACAACAACUGAGCUCGAGGAUCAGAGAUCAGUUCGCGGCGCGUAGAGUGGAGGGCAUACUGCGGCGGUUUUUAUGACAACAUUGAUGAGAUUUACAGAGAGAGAGAGAGAACAAGGGAGAGAUCGAUCUACAGCAGCUGCUAGGCUGGAAAUGAGUAGAACUAGGGGACUGAUUGGUGCUCGAACCAAUCCCACAACUGUGUAUAUUUGAAACUGAAUGACUAAUUACGUUCAGCCUCUAAUCAAAAAACAGAGAUUAUGUAUUAUGUAUAAACUACAAACUCCCUCGACUAUCCACUGGAUGAGUGCCAAAACAAGCAACUUUCAAUGUACAUAGAAAUCGCACAGAACAGAGCAAGGAAGAUGGAGGGGGAGGAGGCACAGCUCCAGAGCUCCAGAGCUCCACAGCCAAGUACUAUAGAUAUUUUUGUAUUGAUAAUAAGUAUGUACGAGUACUCGUAUCUCGUAGCUCGUAUCAUCUGUAGAUCCUAUUCAAGAGUUAAGCGUUCGUUCUAAGUUUGUUUUUGCAAUUGAAAUACAGGUCUAACGUGUAAUGUGUAACGAUAAACAAUUCUAUAAACAAUCUAUGCCUAAAUGUAAUGCAAUAAUAAUCUACCUGGAUGUAGAGUGCCACCAUCAGAUCAUCCCUGCCCUGCCCCGCCCCGAAUCAAAGCGCAUUAAUCGAAUUUAUAAUCUACUUAGAAAGAAAAGAAAUUACUCCUCACGGGGCAUGUGCAUGAGCUCCCGCGCGCGUCAAGCUUGUAAAAAUCGUAACUCCCUAUUUUACAGAUAAAUAUACAUAACAUAUACACCUACUAUAUACAUAUAAAUAUGAAUAUAUUGACAAAUGAUAUGAUUAAAAGGCGUCUAUAAAGUUUAUUGUGAAGCCUAUCUACAUAUAUUUCAUGCAAGUGAAUUGAAUUGAAUUUUGAAUCUGAGAAUUGCAAAUUGUAACCAUACAUACGAGUGAUAUUCAAAAGUUUUUUGCUACUCGUAGAGUUUUUGGGCAUGUACAAAUCGUAACACGCACACACAAACACACACACACACACAAUACACAUACUUAUGCAUACUUGUAUAUUUUUCUCAAUUAUUGAAUACUAUUCGUAAGUCGUAAAAGAAAUCCCCACGUUGGAGGGGGUGUCGCGUCGCUCAAUGGCCUAAAUUGUGGCGAAUUGCAUUAAUUUAAGUAUGAAUAUAUUUCCAUGUUAGAUCUGGUUGGUUAUAAAUAAAUCAUAAAUCAAUGUUCAGUGCAGUAUUUCAAGUGUAUGCUAAGCAAUCUCUAUACCAGAACCACAACCACAACCACAA